AACAGCAGCUUUCCCUGAAACUACACAAAGACUCUUGCUACCAAAACUCCACCAGAACUAUCUGAAGGAUGGACCCCAUCAGGCGCAGAGAGUCAGUUUGCAGGAGUCUGUUCGGCCCAGUGGACCAGGAGCAGCUGCGGCGGGACUUGACGCUGAGGCUGAAGGAGAUCACUGAGCAGGACAGCCACCGCUGGAACUUUAACUUCCAGACAGACACGCCGCUGCCUGGCACGUUUCAGUGGGAGGAAAUACCCGCAGACUGCUCUGCUGCUGUCUAUCAGGAGUCCACACAGCUGAAGGACGAUGCCUGCUCUUCACACAGCGAGGAAGAGGAGAGGCUGAGUGACCGUGAAGAAGGCGCAGGGGCCGACCAGGAGAACUGCUCCAGCAUCUCCAACACGCACAAGUGUCCCGCUGAAGUGACGCCCGUCCAGAGGAAGAGGACGCUCUCAAAAGCGGUAGCCAAGUCCAGAAACAACGCACGAAUUACAGAUUUUUUCGCAAAAAAAAGGAGGACAACAGAAACUAAGAGCGUCCUGAAUCCUUUCCACACAAGUUCCAGUGAAGCAGCUCUGUGCAAAACAAUAAGGUGAACAUGCUGCUGAAAAUUGACUAUUUAUAUUUAUAUUUUAUGUUCUGGACCAACGCCUAUUCACUGCACCAAAGGAUUGUAUGUUAUGUAUGUUAUGUUAUUUCAUUGUAUUUUAUUUUUAUUUUUUUGACAAUUUUAGUAUUUGUGAACCAAAAUUAAAUUAUACCACUUGCUGCUAUUUAUUCUAUUUAUGAACUUUUAUUUAACAUAUUUGCAUUUUUUUU